AGCCGGCCGCCGCUGUCCUCAACGCAGUUCCCAGUUCCCACCACCACCAGCCACCGGAACAGUGACACAACACAAGAGUACAAGGCACAGAAACAGCAACGUGUGGUUCGGUGCUCCGCCCGGUUUCCCACCGUCUCCACGGCUCCACGUCUAUUUCAAUUCCGCCUCGGCGCCGUCCUAGUCCUAGUCCUCGCGCUCCCGGCUCCCCAACCACCCGGAGCCGCGAGCGAGACCGCAUUAAACUCCUCUCCCUGCCGCGCCAGCACCGCUAGGGUUCUCCGCCUCGCGCGCGGGGACCGGAACGGCGAUGUCGACGCCGGCGGACGGCGCAGCGUACUGGCUGCGGUGGGAGGUGUUCGUGUGCGGCGCGCUCAUCGCGGUCCCCACGGCGCUGGCCGCCGCGCUGCUGCCGCGCCUGCGGAGGCCCGUCCCGCCGCUCCGCGCCACGGACCUCUGGGUCCCCUGCUGGUCCCGCCUCCACCCGGCCUGGCUCCUCGGCUACCGCGCCUUCGCGCUCGCCGCCGCCGCCGCGCUGCUCGGCCGCAACGUCGCCUCCCACGGCCUCACCGUCUUCUUCUUCUACACGCAGUGGACCUUUUUAUUAGUCACCAUAUAUUUUGCGUUGGCGACUGCUAUAUCUGCUCAUGGAUGUUGGGUGUACUCAAAGAAAGCCUCGAGAAAAGCUGAUGAAUCCCAUGGAUUUCUUAAUGUUGAUGUCGAAAACCGUGGCCUUUCUGGACAAAGUAAAAGAGAUGAGAUAGACAAUGUGAAAAGCUAUUAUGAAGAAAUAGCAAAUGAGAAAAGAGCUGCGUUCUGGGGACGUUGCAUGCAAAUCAUCUACCAGGCUAGCGCAGGAGCGACAAUGUUGACUGAUGUGACAUUCUGGGGACUCCUUGUGCCAUUCUUUUACCGUGAUAAGUUCGGGCUUGCCCUGGUCACUGAUGGCAUGCACUCUCUCAAUUUUAUCUUUCUACUCAUCGAUACACUUCUAAACAAUAUGCCUUUUCCCUGGUACCGCAUUGCUUUCUUUGUAUUUUGGAGCUUCUCCUAUGUAACCUUCCAGUGGGUCCUGCAUGCUUCCCAGGCUUUAUCCUGGUGGCCUUACCCAUUUCUCGACCUUGCAUCGCCCGGGGCUCCCCUGUGGUACCUCGGCAUGGCCAUUGCUCAUGUUCCUUGCUUCACUCUAUAUUGGUUGGUCGUCAAGGGGAAGCAGGCUUACUUCCCAAGGAUGUUCCCUCGUGCUUAUGUGAGAACAAGUAACUAGAUCCUGCAUCUAAUUGUUGACCGUCCGUGCAACAGGAAGUUUCACGUAUGUAACUAGAGAGUAAUUAUUUGCACGCUUGAUAGCUCCAAGUGUGUUCUUGUAUAGUCGUGUAGAUUAACAGUCCCUUCUAAAUGUGGCUGAAUUCCGAAAUCCAUCGGGAUUAACACUUUGAUCAAUGAAAUGAAAUACAGAAGAGAUUGUUAACA